GGGGAACAACCCGCCCCGGACCCCUCCCGUCGGGUCCCGUUUUCAGGCCGGCCUCAUUUCCCGGAUGCACCGCGCGGGGAUAUGUGUGGACCGUCCACUUCCGGCCGCCUCCAUUUCCUGUUUCCGGUGCGGUGGGAGAGAGGAGAGGGCGAACGACGCACCCUGGGGAAGGCCGGGCCCCUUGGCCUGACGGGGACCCCGCGGCUGGUGCGGGACUCGGCGAAUCAGGCGUUAACGGACGGAAACGUGAUUGAUGCCAAGUCAACGUGGGCUUUCCGAAAACAGGUCCCGUCGGACGAGCUUGAGAUCUGUGUUUGCCGAGAUCCCUGGGGGGAUACAGGUAACGACGCCUACGGAGCAAUCGUCGCCGGCUGUGCGGCCGCUCACAUGCUACCGGGGACGCUGAGCCAGGAUGACGCGUCACGGCAAGAACUGCACGGCUGGCGCCGUGUACACCUACCACGAGAAAAAGAAGGACACGGCUGCCUCCGGUUACGGGACCCAGAACGUCCGUCUGAGCCGAGAUGCCGUCAAGGACUUUGACUGCUGCUGCCUGUCCCUGCAGCCCUGCAAGGACCCGGUGGUCACGCCCGACGGGUACCUGUACGAGAAGGAGGCCAUCCUGGAGUACAUCCUGCACCAGAAGAAGGAGAUCGCCCGGCAGAUGAAGGCCUACGAGAAGCAGAAGAAGGAGAAGAGGACGGAGCUGGAGGAGCUGAGCCGGGCGGCUGAGGAUGCCAAGGUGAAGGGCUUCCUGGCCAAGGAGAUGAGCAUCGUCAGCAAACCCCUGAAUCCCUUCGACCACAAGUCAGGGGACCCCCAGCCCGGCCCGAGCAGCGCGGAGGAGGCCAAGCAGCUGCCCAGCUUCUGGAUCCCGUCGCUGACCCCCGAGGCCAAGGCCAGCGUGGUGCGGAAGCCAGACCGGUGCGUGUACUGCCCCAUGAGCGGGCGACCCCUCAAGCUGAAGGACCUGACCCCCGUGUGCUUCACCCUGCUGGACCCGGCCGUGGAUCGCGUCGGGCUCAUCAACCGGCAGGACCGAUACGUCUGCGCCGUCACCCGCGACAUGCUGGGCAACUCGGUGCCCUGUGCCGUGCUGCGCCCCUCGGGCGCCGUGGUCACCCUGGAGUGUGUGGAGCGGCUGCUGAAGAAGGACAUGGUGGACCCGGUGAAUGGGGAGAAGCUGCGGGAGGACGACAUCAUCGUGCUGCAGCGGGGCGGGACGGGCUUCGCCGGAUCCGGGGUGUGUCUGGAAGCCAAGAAAUCCCGGCCUGUCAUGCAGGCCUAGCCCCGCCCCUUCAGUGCAGAGGGCGGGGCUUGUGCCAUGGGGGAGGGGUCGUUUCAACCUCCGAGACCCCAGCGCCACCACCUGCCCUCCUGAGCAGGGAAACUGAGGCAGGUGCUGCCCCCCCCCACCUCUGGGCUGCUUGUUGUGUAUCUGUGAAUAAAGCCGUGUGUCCCCC